GAAAGUAUAAGUUGGAAUUUCACCGUAUACGAUAGCAUUUUAAUAGGGUUUCCAUCAUCUCAUUGUGUAUGGGUAUACUAAACAUGAAGAAUAUGGUGUUUAUUGGGGUAUUUCUCGUCUGGGUAGUAUCUCUUAUUGAUACCAUAGCAUGUGAGCCCAUCCCAGAUUAUUAUCAUCACAUGCACCACAGGAUUCAUGUUCCUGUCAAGGUCAAAACCGUCUAUCACACAAAGAUCAUCAAAGUUCCGGAGCACCAUCAUCAUUUCCACGAAAAGGAAAAGACUUACGUAAUAGAAAAACCGAAACCUGUUCCGGUCGCAGUGCCCGUGCCAGUGCACCACCACCACAAGCUGCUGGAAGAAGAAAAAUUCUCUGAUCUCGAUCAUUUUGGUGGUCACGAGCAUAACAUAUUCAAGAAACACAUCGAACCUUCGGAAAGUCCAAAAAGGAAAAGUAGGAAAAAUCGAAAACAUCGAAGUAGUUGAUAGAUUGGUUUCUUCAUAGCGAAGUACUUAAAUUAAUAAGCAGUAUUAAGUAUUGUUAACUCGUUUUAGGAAUUUCUGUUAGUACUAUAAGAGCAAAAAUAUUUGACUUUUAAUUAUUGUAGUAAUUUCUUCUAGUCUGUUUGUAUUGCGUACGUGUAGAGUUUAAUCAUAACCUUAUUUCUGUUUUCAAUAUAUUCUGUAAUUAGGAAUUCUUACUUAAUCUGGCGGCGGAUGCUUUUUAACUCAAAGCAAGACAAAAUUUUUGUCAGUAUGGGUUAUAUUUGGAAGUUAUAUUAUCUUUCUUUAUGAUUGAAUAGAUUUUGCGUAAUUGUUUCCAAAAGUUGAAUACAUAGAUUUGAGAGUCUGCUCUAUAGAACUAGAAUAUUGUGUAUGAUGUAAUGUCGCCGCUUUUAUUAACAGAAUGUGGAAGCAUCGUUAACUUAAAUAACAUAACCUAUACCCUUAUUAUAUUUUUAGACUACCUGCGCUCUUCUGAGUAGUUUUGCUUAAUAUGUCUACUUUUUAAUUCAGAUGGUUUUUGUACUGUUAAUUAUUUUCUAUUUUCCUAUAUCCGUAUCUUGAAGAAAAAUAAUUAUUUUCUCGAAAACCGCACUAGGUAGGCAUAGGAAAGUAAUAAGGAAAAAUAAUCGGAAUGAAUUAUAAAUUUUAAAUUCAACAAAAUAGAGAUUAUACUCUUGAAUAUUGUCAUACGUGAUUGUUAAAAGCAGCAACGUUGCAUGCUUCAAAAUAUUUGCAUUCGAUAAAGAAGACUCGAAAUUCCAAGUACCCAAAAAAUAUAUAUUUUCAAUUUAUCAAUAACUAUUGGAGACGAUAGGCGAUUUACUUGACGUAUUGCCAGGUAAAUUUUGAAAAAGAUGAGGAUGACGUAUAGCAAGUAUAUAGUAGAAAAUAGAAUACCGGAUAUCACCAUUGAUCAUUAACAACCAAUAUAGAAAAACUCAAUAUUUAAACAUAGGAGUAAAUAAUUGAAACGUAGUGUUAGACUGUGCUUAGCUACGGGUUUGGUUAGUUGGUUGGUUAGGAUUUCGGUACUAUGCUAUACUAUACUAUACACCACAAAAAUUUAGAUGUUGAUUAGACCAGAAACAAAAAUUAUUAUUAUAAAAUUGAAACAUGUAAUGUAAAUUACAUUUUAGGAACAAUCAAAUAUGUUGUUGAAAAUUUGUAAAUAAGUUUAGAUGUUGUUAUUUAAUAUCUUUAUUAAAAAUUGA